AUGCGGAGGGUGGACGUUCAGACGGCGCUCGAGCGGCUGCAGGGGAAGGGCAGCACGUUCAGAAGCGUGCAGCAGCCCGCCAUAGAGGCCAUCAUGAAGCAGAAGAGCCCCGUGGUGGUGAUCAUGGGCACAGGCGGAGGCAAAAGCGCAACAUUCAUGCUGCCAGCGUCGUGCUCCACCGGCGUCACGAUCGUGGUCGUCCCCGUGGUUGCGCUCAAGCAGAACAUGAUGGAUCGCUGCAAAGCCGCUGGGAUCGACUGCGUCCUGUGGGAUAGCCAGCGGCCGCACGAGUGGGCUUCGAUCGUGCUGGUGGUGCCCGAGUCCGUGGCCACGCUAGCAUUCGAGCAGUUCAUCAACCGGCAGCGAUCCAUGGGCCGGCUGGACCGCGUCGUCAUCGACGAGUGCCACACCAUACUGGACUCGGUCAAGGGCUGGCGGACCAAGGUGCUGAAGCUGCGCGAGCUGGUCAAGGCGGAAACGCAGCUCGUGUGCUUGACGGCGACGCUGAAACCCACGGAGGAGAGCGAGUUCAUCCGGCUGAUGGCGCUGCCGCCAAAGGAGCAGUGCGAGUGGUUUCGUGCACCAACGAGCCGGCCCAACCUUGCGUACAAGGUGCACUGGUACAACCAUCGAGAAGAGAGCGAAGCCGACGUGCUGGCGGAGCUGGUGGAGGAGAAGAAGCAACAGUACCCGCUGCCCGGCCAGAUCGUGGUGUACACCGACUCCAGAAAGAAGGCGCAGGGGUACGCUGCGAUGUUGGGAGCUGUCUGCUACCACCGCGAGGUGGGCACGCCGGAGGAGAAGCUGGAGAUCUUGCGCCAGCUCACAGAAGGGACAGAGCACGUGUUUGUGGCGACGAACGCGCUGGGGCUAGGGAUCGACAGAGAGACCGUCAGGGCAGUCUUGUUCGCUGGGUCGAGGAACACGCAGAAAAUGCGCGACGUGGUGCAGAUGGGAGGACGUGCAGGCCGCGGCGGGCUUCCCAGCGAGGUCAUUUUCAUCAGAGGCGCCACGUACAGCCCGCAAGGCAAGCGAUACGCUGGCGGCUGGGCCAAAGACACAGAGGAGGUCAUCAUAGACCGCGAGAUGGACGGAAACCACACCAGAGAGGGCUGCGAGCCAGGAGAAGAGCCGUGCGGCCGGUGCCAG